GCAGAAGGACAAUAUCAUUGUCCAGUUCUUUUCAAAUUAUUUACUAAACAUUCUCAUAUUGUUGCUAUUAAAACAACGGGGAAUGUGUUUUCAUAUGAGGCAGUGGAACAAUUAAAUAUAAAAACGCGUAAUUGGAGAGAUUUAAUAAGUGAUGAACCUUUUGUAAGAAAGGAUAUCAUCACAAUUCAAGAUCCAACUGAUGCAACAAAAUUUAAUUUAUCAACUUUUCAUCAUAUUAAAAAUAAUAUAAAAAUGGAAGAUGAAGAAACUGCUAAGGAACGAAAUAAUCCGAAUGCAAAAUUGAAGACUGUAUCCAUGGAAACUAAGGAAAUAUUGGCUGAGUUGGACAGAGAUUACAAACAAACAGAAACCAAACUAAAAAUUUCAAAACCAAAAGCAGAUAAAUUUAAUGCUGCACAUUACUCUACUGGAGCUGUUGCUGCUGGUUUUACAUCAACAGUAAUGCCAACAGAAACAGCACAUCAAGCAGCAAUUAUUGCAGAAGAUUUAGUACGAUAUGAAAGGAUUAAAAAGAAAGGGUAUGUGAGGCUACUUACAAAUUUUGGUGCUUUGAAUUUGGAACUUCAUUGUGAUCUUGUUCCAAAAACUUGUGAAAACUUCAUAAAACAUUGCCAGAAUGGUUACUAUGAUGGAACAAAAUUUCAUAGAUCUAUACGAAAUUUUAUGAUACAAAGUGGUGAUCCUACAAAUACUGGUAAUGGGGGAACAUCUAUUUGGGGCAAAAAGUUUGAAGACGAAUUUAAACCAAACUUGAUUCAUCAAGGAAGAGGAAUU